GUUCUCUCGGCUUUCUCCCGCUUCAGGGCCAAGGCUUCGUGGACCUUGCGCUAGGAUGGAACAAAGCUCGUAUGCGCGAUCCACAGCUCUGGGAGCGCGCUCUCACCCCAGAUGGUCGAGAAAACCCUCCAAACCCAUGGGCAGUUGGCUUUGACCCCGACGAGCCCCGGUACCCUCCUAUGUCCAAUUCUCCCUUCUUGGCGCCCACGCACACCGCCCCAGCUGCAGGAGCAGCGAGGCGCGAGCUCACUCAGCAGCAGAGCCAUAGACUCGAUGUUGGUGGAGCGAAAGGCAAGGAAGUCGAGGGUUUCCUGCAGCGUCAGCCGAGGGUGCUAGACACAGAUCUGGCUGCUGGUUGGCAAGCUCGCACCCGACAGUCCGAGGGCUCAGGAGCGGAAGGGGUACUGCUUCCUGAUAUGUCCGAGGAAGACGACAGGACGUACGAUGAUGGCAAGCGGCGGUUCACAUUUCCUGUUCAUCAGUUCGUCUUCUAUGAUCCAAAGAUGAAAGCGAAGAUGUUUCCUGAUAGGAGACCGCAUCCGAAGGGGUUCAAGAAGCGAUGAUCGGUCAGAGAGUACGGAGAACUGCGGGACCAAGUGCCGGUGAUACACAUGCUGUUGCAUAUAGUAUGACGACCAUGUG